ACCAGCAGUUAGCUCUCAGCUGCUCCCACACUCGUCCUGGUGCUGCAGAGUUGACGGGUCGAAAUGACUGAAUCGUUGACUCUGAGCACAACACCUUCUCUUUGUUGAAGAUGUCCUGACUUCGAGCGAGGCUCUGCUGGCCAGGCAACAAAGGAAAUCCUCGGGACGAUUUUGAGGGCAUUUUCAACAGAUGGAAGGUCACCAACCGCUCAUCUGUUCGACCCCUCAGCUCUAAGAUGGCAGCCAGCAGCCUUCUUCUUCUACGGCCAAUGAGACUGGAGCAGAGCUGUGUGUUACCAUGGUGAUCAUUUUCUCAAAGACACUGGAAAAGAAGAAGGGUGUCAAUAAUGUAAGGGCCAGUCACGUCGAAAGUCGGCUGCGUGAGCUCCACACCAUGAGCAGAGGGACGACCCUCUUCUCCUGUGGAACUGGGGAGGCUGACAGGUGGUUGAACCUGGGCAGAAGCUGCGGCCGUCAGCAGAAUGUUCCCUGCCAGUCCGGUUCAAGUCUGGACAGAUUGUGGGAUGUGACGCCUGAGCUGAGAAGCCCGCACUGGUCCAAGGAUCCGGGCAGCGCCACCACAAUAACGAGUCUGAUUAGAGAUCUCGACCUCAGUGAUGGCAACAACCCCCACGCCAUUUCAUCCGCUGCCGACCUCACCGCUACGGCCGCUAGCCUUGCUCCCGCUGCCCCGCCAAGCAAACGCCAGUGUCGCUCCCUGUCCUUCUCUGAUGAGUUCAGCGGCUUCCGCUCGUCCUGGAGACCCCAGGGCUCCAGAGUGUGGACGGCUGUGGAGAAACGCAGAUGUCACAGUGGGGGGAGUGUGCGAGGAGCUGGAGGGUUAUCCGGUGGGCAUUACCCCGCCAUGCAGCGCAGCUCCAGCUUCAGUUUACCUUCUCACAUCAGCACCCCUGGAGAUGGAGGCCUGGACUUGCCAUUUUUUAACCAGCGACUUCCUCUUCACCCCGAGUUCACAGCUUCUCCUACCUCUCCCUGCUUACGCCACAUAUCCAGCCAGCAGCACUUUGUCAGACCUCUUUCCCUUUCCCAUGAGCAGAUAAGCCUUCCAGAGCUCCAAAGCGAGGAAGCAUCAGAGGCCAGUUCCCCAGACUCCACCCCUGAGUUAGGCCGGCGAGCUAGCCAGAGAGUCGGGGCCUCAGGUUGUCUGUCAAGAAGCAAGUCUCAGCCAUGCGUUUUAAAUGACAAAAAGAUUGGCAUGAAGCGCAGAAGACCAGAAGAUGUCCAGGAGCAGCGACCCUCCUUGGACUUGGCAAAGAUGACCCAGAAACUUCAGACUUUUCAGAGCUUGAGCUGCCCGGGUUUCUCAUCCAACGACAGCUGCCAAUCAAGCUUCCCCCCACCGUCCUCUGAUUCUUUCACUCAGUCAGAAUCAGAUUUCACUGCUGUGUCUGACCUGGGACUGACGCCACGUCAGGAGAUGUCAUGUGAGGAGGAUUCUUCGUGUGAGGAACUGGAUAGCGACUCAGCUUGCAGCGUGGACUCUCCUCCUGGGUCUCCUGUAGGCAUUGUUCAGGGUAAACUCGCCCUCUGGAAGGGCGAAUGCGGGACACAGAGGGACAUUUUCCAGCUCGGAGGUGAGCUGGAUCUGGACCAGAUCGAAAGAAACUGAACACUUAGGAGUUUUUCAAAGUCAGUGCCUGAAAGCUGUUGGAUGUGUGAGAAGAUGGACGAAUGGUUGCUAAGGACAAUGAGAUGGACGAUUGAAAGUUGGUAAGAAAAGCUACAUCAAAGGAUUUUGUUUUGAAAACAGGUUUCUUUAUUUUGCUACUGUGUGAUACUUGCAAGCAACGCUCGAUCUGGUUGGCAUGUUUCUGAAUUUGAAAAAGCCGGGACGUUCAUUGGCAGAUGAUGCUACUGAUUGGCCACAUUUGUGUCACUCGAUGCCUUUUUUCUUCAUCAGUUAAAGACCAUGAAAGGAACUAGGGGAUACUUUCAUGUUGACAGUGGAGUUGCAGCUGGCUUUCAUAAUUGAUCAGUCAUGUUCUACUUGACAAUAAAGCAACUUAAUGGACAUUUAUUUCAAUCAGGAGUUCCGUUAAGCUUCAUGCUUUUGACUCACUUUUCCUGAGAUUUGCUCUCAGUACUUUGGUAUUUCAAUAAGGCCGUAGUUCUGUAUUAGUGCAGCCUAGUUAUUCAUGCAACUGUUCUCUUGCCGCUUGUCAAUCAUUUUUUAUUCACUCUCUCUGUUCGACAUUGCUCAAAGUCGGAGCCCUCAUGUGUUGGUCUUGUUGCCACCUGAGGAAAUCUCUCUCCUCAUCCUAUACUUUCACUCUCCUCCUCUUUCAUCUCCUCCGCCUUGUUGGUGGUUCCUCAUCCUCCUCUACCGUAUUUCUGCUCUUCUUCCUCCUACUCUUCUUCCACCUCUCUCCCUGCCCUUAUACAAAGGCUAGGAAGCUUACCACCUUUCCCCACUGUACUGCAGCUCAACUUUGUCACAUGUUGAACUACUUUUGUGGAGAACCAUUCAUUUUUUUGCAACUCAGCAAAAAUACAAUCUCACCCUUUUUAAAGGUACGCUCACACCAAACACGACUUGGCUUCACAUGUCGAGCUACUCGGCGCCCGAGUGCAAAGCGACUUGCCUCCUGGCUCUUAAGUCACUAAAUAAAAGAGUAGAUCGACUUAUGUUCUAUAGGGUUCUAGAGGGUUUGAUGGACUCCCAUUGGUAAACGUGCCACAACUUUUCUCAGAGUACAGAUUUGUCAAGCUUAGUUUUUGGCAAAUAUGCCGUGACCCCGAGCGUGUCGUAUCCCCAGCUCCCGUUCUCUGGCAGCACUUAAUCUGACCUGUGUAUUAUCUUAACUUGUCAAUGACUUUUAAAGCAUAGAUGAACGUCCCUUUGACGUACCUUCCCUUUUGCAACCCUGCUUCACACAGUCAUCUCCAUGUGUGGUCACGUUGGUGCGGGAGAGUGUUGAGUUUGAAUGAAACAAAGUAGCUCAAGACUCUGGAUCAGGUAAACGAGGAUCUUAAAAGUUUUGUGUUUUUCUUCUUGAACAUUCUUACUGUUACCUUAAUUGUUUAUUAUUGUCAUACAGUAAGCUCAACUCAGGAGGGGGAAAGUGAGGGUUAGUCGAUUCUUAACCGAUUCUUCAAUGCCUUAAAACCUGAUGAUCUUUCCAAAGUCGGCUAACGUUAGCUUUUGUAGAACUGUAGCAGUAGCUGGAUUCGCUGUAUAUACUCGAGUUUGUGUGUUUGAGAAAGCGUGAGUGUCUAUAAUAUGUUGGGGAUGGGAACAAAAUUUGCCUUCUCAUAUAAACAACCUUGACUGUUCAACACGACGUUGUCAAACCUGAAUAUCAGAAUUUGCUGAAUGUAGUAUCAAUAAGCUUUACGGAGGCGUCCGAACAAUGACUGUGCCUUCUGGACGAUCUCCUUUCAAGAACUGCGGGAAGAAGCCGUCAAUUUUGUAGUUUCUUUAUAUGCAAAUUGUGUAUUUGAAUUUCACGCUGAAUCGCUCCAACUUUCAGUUCUAAUGUCAUUGUAUAUUUUUUUAAAAGAACGUUUUCUAUUAUGUUUGUGAAGGAGCAAGAGGAGAAGGAAAGUCUUCUUUGUAAGAGGAUGAAAUAAACAACAAACUGCACUCA